AGACUGAGGGAGCUUAGUCAGAAACGUCCCCCCUUUCACACACACAUUCGCAUGUGUGUCUGGAUGUGUGGCAUUCCUAAACACCCUCUCUAUCUCGCUCUUUCCUUUACUUUACCUUUGGUUGUGCUCUCUCCCUCCCUCCUCCCUUCUCCUUCUCUAGUUUUCCUUCUGCUCUGCCUGUGGCUGGCAGUUGUCUGAGAGAGUGUGUGUUGAAGAAAACAGAAGAGAAGAGCUGCAGGACGGGUCAGGAUGCUGUGGACUCUGCAGAUGUAUGCAUCUACAGGUUUCCCUCAGGGCUGACUGAAGACAAGACAAAAACACUGGAUGCACCAGGAUCCUAAAACACAGCUUGUCUAUUUUUUUUGCAUCUCCCUUGGUUCUCAAUCGGUCCCUCAGUCCCUCAGUUGUUCAUUUUUUUCCUCCUUUUUGGUGCUUUUCCACGGGUGCUAUUUUUGCAGCCACUCAGAAGAGAAGAUGAGGUUCAGGUUGUCUCAAGCCGCUUUGCAGCCCUUUGUUCUAGGAGUGCUGCUGUCACUGGUGGACACCAAAGGAACCUUCUAUGGAACAGGCCAUGGGAACCCUUUCUAUGGAGGAGGCCAUGGCAACAGAUACAACCUGUACAAGUCUGGAGUCAACCAACACUACACCCCGGGCAAACCCAUGGGCCGCCACAAAAACCACUGUGCGUAUGUGGUCCAGAAGAACAUCACAUGUACGAUGCAGGACGGCAUGGCCACCUAUGUGAAAGCUGAGUACACCACCAAGUGCAUCUGGGGGCAGAAGUGUCCUGUCGUCAUGUACCGGACCUUCUACAAGCCUAAGUAUAAGGUGGGCUAUAAGAGGAUUACUGAGCUGGAGUGGAGGUGUUGUCCUGGCUACUCUGGGGAGAACUGCUACGAUGGACCCACCUCUCUGCCCGAUAUGCCUCCCUUCAAAGGGGGUGCCCCACACCGACCAGGGAUUAAGGGGUACCCCCAUGGGCACCCCCAUGGGCACCCCCACGGGCACCCCCGACCUCCCCUGAACCACAAACCUGUCCCUGGUGGGGUUAAUCUGGAGCCAGGGAGGCCCUUCCCAAGUCAGCCUGAUAGAAGACCCAUCCCCACUGGACAACUGCCCGCCGGGAACGGCAAACCCAAAUAUGGUAAUACAAUUGGUGUUAGUGGAGACUGUCUGGAUCGUAUGGAGGAGGACCUGCUUCGUCUAACCCAGGGUCUGGACACUCUGAACGGGGUGAUGGCUGGCCUAGAGGACCGCCUGCGCCUCUCUCUCCGGGAGGACACAAAAAAUAUGCUGGGCUCCCUGCUCUCCACCAUCCCUCGUCUUUCAGACUCCUCUGUUGGCUUCGGGGUGAUCCCAGACGGGACCCCAGAUGGCCUGGAGUGGGGAGAGGGCUUUCCCGGGUUUGGAGAACUGGCUGGGAGGGUGACAGAGGUGAAGGAUGAGCUCAAAGCCAAGGGACAUGUGCUUGAGGAGAUACAGGGAAUGGUUCUGGGCCAUGAAGGGCAGCUGAAAAGGCUGUUGGAAGCUGCGACCGGCAGGCCCAUCACUGGGUCAGUCUCUCCCUCCAUCCUGGAGGAGCUGCUGGAUGCUAAACUAGCAGGUGUCCGCGCUGACAUCCUGGACGGCUUUGAGAGGCGUCUGUCUGGCCUGGAGAACCACUGUGAGGAGAGGAUAGGAGAGGUCCAGAGACAGUGCCAUAAUGAACACAUGAACGGCCAGGAGCAGAUGCAGCAGUCGCUGGACGGCAGAGAGACUGGACUGAGAGAGGAGCUGGGUACUCUGCAAGCCCAGAUACAGGGACUCACCCUCACUGAGAGCUGCUGUGGACAGGUGAACAGCCUCUCCCAGAGGAUGUUGAUGCUGGAGGAGUCAGUGAAGGGGUUAACAGAGUCCCAGCGGCAGCUUCAGGCUGCUCUCACUGACCAGACCAUCCACAUUGAGACCCUGAUAGAGGCCCGUCUGGAAGACAUAGAUGCCAGGCUCCAUGCCACCGAGUCUGGGGAUGUAGGGGUUGGCGGGGUGCCUGGAGGCCUGGACGGCUUCAAGACCCUGCUGGAGGACAAGCUGAAGUCCCUGGAGGAGAGGGUGUUUGUGGCCGUGGAGGAGCUGAGUAACGCCACCACCCCAGCUGUGCUGGAGGGUCAGGUGAUGCCCGCCCUGGAGACAGAGAUUGAGUCGGUCAUGAGGAGGGUGGAGGGAGACCUGGACGGCAUCCAGAGACAACUCACAGACCUGGAGCUCCUCUGCACCUCCUCCUGCUCCCACGCCACUCCCCCUGGAGGAGGCGCAGUGAUAGGCCUAGCAGAGGAGUGUGAGGAGGUGGAAAAGAAGGUGUCAGGCCGUCUAGACUCCCAUGCUGACCAGCUGGACCGUCUCAAUACCACUCUGCAGACCCUACUGAACCGCAUUGCCCAGGAGGACGAGGAAGGCUCUGUCCAGGGAGAGAUCACCCUCCUCAAGAUCAACGUCAACUCUGUCAACCGCACCCUGAAGGGCCUGAGGGACUCUGUUAGCCUGUUCACUAAGGAAGUGGGCCAUGCUAACGCCACGUGGACACACAGGGAGAACCAGCUAGCCACCCAGGUCCAGGGCAUCACCCAGCUAGUGGGGCGCCAGGCCUCCCUCCUAGGGGCCGGGGAGCACCGACUUGCCCAGCUGAAGGGGGAGCUGGUGAGCCUGAGAAGGAGGCUGGCCGGGGAGCUGCAGGGCUGCAGGAGCACGGCCCUGGGGGUGCAGAGGGAGGUGAAGGAGGUGGAUAGUCGCGUGACCCAGGUGGAGGGACAGUGUGGCAGCCUGGGGGAGCUGGCGGACCACCUGGAGAGGAUCAGGACAGAGCUGGAGAGACACUCAGACUCGUACCUGUCACAGGUCAAAGGAACGAUGGCCAGUCACUCUACACAGCUGUCCGUGCUGAAGGGGGAAAUGAAAGACUAUGUCGGAAAGGGCUUAGCCAAUCAGAGGGGAGACCAGUAGCACCUGAGCUACAGAGAAAGACGUGUGUAUGUCAGUAGUGUGGAGAGGCUUCCUCUCGUCGUCUGCUUUCCUUCAUCUGAUCUAAUGGGAAAGUUGAGAACAAAUUCCGAGCAGGAUUCAUAUUUCUUUCACCUAUCCUGUGUUUUCAGAUCAGUGAAGGAGAGGAGAUGAGGAGAAUAGGCCAUUUGAAGCUAUUGAAAUGCACCCUUGGAUGUAUAGUUGGGCAAUAUUUUCCCUCAAGUUUUUAUUCUAAAGGGGCAUUUAGUUUCUUUCUGAUAUUUUUGUUGUUUUCAUAUUUUAUAUUGAUAUUAACUGACUUUUUAACUUAUAUGAAGAAAAUAUGACUGCAUUGUUAUACUGUAUUAGAGAUAUUUGUAUUAAACCAAAACCAAAAACAAAGUGAAUGAUAUCCCACUGGGCACAGACGUCAAUUCAACGUCUAUUCCACGUUGGUUCAACAUAAUUUGAUUGAAAUGACGUGGAAAUAACAUUGAUUCAACCAGUGUGUGCCCAGUGGGUUGGGACUAAUGAGCUGCUAUGGGUUUCUACCCUGCAAGCACACUCUACCCUCUGUGUGGACUGUUCCUUUAAAAAUACUGUAUGUCAAUAUGAAAGCUGCUAUACAUUUUCUAAACAUUUUCCUUUUUUGUAUUUCUCCUUAAAGGUCCCGAACAUCAUCAAAUUAGAUGAGAUUUUGAUGAAACCAGUUCAAAGUAGGGUGACCCAAGUAUUCAAAAUGACUGUAGCUGAUACAUUGAUAAAGUUUUAUAAUAAUGUUACUGGUCCCCUCCAACCAUGUCAAACACUUGGAUUUAGGAGGAAGGCCAGAUACUCCUUUCUCUAAUAUCUCUGGACAUGCAUAACCAAGGAUUUGCUUCCGGCUUUAUGCAACGUCACAUAAAUGUAAUACACCAAUGGUAGGGUCUUAUCACAUGAACAUAUUAAAUACUGUAUGUACUGCCUUAAAACCGUCA